AUCGCGAGCAGUCUCCGCGGACUACAACGAAAGGUUUUCCAACUCGACUUGCACGGGACGGAGUGCUCCUUGUUUGUCCUUCGUGGGGUCCAGUUGUUGUCCAGCAUGACUCUUGGGCGCUUGUGGUGUUUCGUCGGUUUUCUCUGCGGCGUCGGCUCAGUGUCCGGCCAGCGAGCCUCCUGCAACCUGCCCCUGGACAUGGGCCACUGCGUCGAAGUGAGCACCAUGUACUUCUACGACAAGUUCUCGGGUACGUGCCGACCUUUCUCCUACGGAGGAGUCGGGGGCAACGACAACCGCUUCGCCGGCUUCGGCGACUGCAUGGACAAGUGCCACGACGUGGGCUGACAGCUGCGCCAUGCUGGGAGGCGCCGUACGUGGCGCCCUCUCUGCUGGACGACCGUACGAAUAAAGCGAUCCACCUUGCGGCUAACUA